GUUGCGUAGUGGUUAAAAUUUUAAUUGUUAUCUAAUAAUGACAAAUGUGUAAUGUUACAAUAUAAUGGUGAAAAGGAUAUAUUACGUACACGAAUAGGGGCUGAGCAAUCCGGAUCUACCGCGGUGCGUGAGCGGCGGCGACGUAGUUGUGGCGGCAGCUAUGACGUCGCUACAACAACAGCCCUUGCCGCUUGCAGCCUGUGCCCCGUCUAUGAGUGCGUCUGCUCCAUCGCCUGCUUGUGAGGUGUCGUCAGGUGCGACAGUUCCAGUUCCUGGUGAACUAACGCAGCAAGUAGCUCAUCAACGCAGUUGUUCUGAAAGCGAAGCUGCUGGGGCCAUCGGAUGUGAGCGCAAGAGGCGUGGAUCGACUGGGGGAGCGAGAGUUUGGUCGGCUAAUAUACAUUCGACAUCCAGACUUUGCGGUAGUCUCGGCGCUACAGUUGGGCGAGAUCUGUUUGGCAACCAAGACACAGUCAACCAGCAACCUCAUUCUCUGGACUACACAGCACUGCAGGCGGCUGGGGAACACGAUACUUGCUCAACAUCUGGUUUAUCCAUAGCUGAUGGCAGUUGCCGAUUUCCCAAACUUGAAGAAUGUGCACAUUUUCAUUAUGAGAGAGUUGAAUUAGGGGGUGUUACAUUGAGACUUAUGCAUGACGAGGACACGGAGCACGGUACUACAGAUGACACGGAAAGCGUGCAAGGUGGACCGUGGUUUACCAUAUCUGUCGAAUCAGGCCAUUGCUCCAGUCAAAUAAAUAAUCAGAGCUUUAGUUCAUCAGCAGGUUUCAAUGGUUUAAAUUCCACGACAGCAUCUGUAUCUAUUCAACAACAAGUGGGGGUUGGAGGGUCAUUUGCACUGCGCCGGAGUUUGGAAAAUUUGGCUUUGCUUGAUGAAUUAUUGCAUCGUUGUGUAUACGAUCGCCGAGUAUCAGGACUUCAAGAUAUAACCGAGCUGAAAAAAUCACACGAAAGUGGCGAAAUAAGUUUAAAAGAAAUUAAGGAGGCAGUUGACGCUUAUUUAAGUGUUUUUUCGACCCUGGCGGACGAUCGAAUAACUUGUGCACCAGCUCUUACGUGGAUGAGGUUAGAUAAUCGUGGACGUCGAUUAUUAGUUGCGGAUGGAAGUUUGGACUCACUCGGGCGUGGCAUAAAUACACCAGCGGUUGGGGCUGCUUAUGGUGUCCGCAGAUAUGUAGCACAGGCUCGAGAUGAGUUAAGUUUUGAAGUGGGCGAUAUGAUUUCGGUUAUAGACAUGCCUUCUCCCGCGGAGAGCGCCUGGUGGCGCGGAAAACGUGGAUUUGAUGUCGGUUUUUUCCCGCAAACAUGUGUAGCAACAAUAGGUGACAAAGUGCCCAGAAAUUUGCCUAUGCCUGCUCCUUUAGUGGGUUCUUUAGACUUAUCUCCUAGUAAACCGGUAUUAAGAAAACAUGGAAAAUUGAUAGCUUUUUUCAGAAGUUUUAUUCUUUCUCGACCUUCAAGAAGAAGAUUAAAACAAUCAGGAAUAUUAAGGGAAAGAGUAUUUUCUUGUGAUCUAGGGGAACACUUACUUAAUUCUGGGCAUGAUAUUCCUAUGGUAUUAAAGUGCUGUGCAGAAUUUAUUGAGAAAUAUGGUUUAGUAGAUGGUGUGUACCGUUUAUCAGGAAUAACAUCAAAUAUACAAAAAUUGCGCAGAGCAUUUGAUGAAGAGAGGGAACCUGAUCUCACACAUCCUGAUAUAUUGCAGGAUAUUCAUAGUGUUUCUUCUUUACUGAAAAUGUAUUUCCGAGAACUUCCGAAUCCAUUGUGCACCUAUCAGCUUUAUCAUAGUUUUGUUGAAGCAGUUCAAUCGCGGUUAGCGCCAGGACAGGAAUUGAAUCCAGAAAGUGAUGGUAGUGAAGAUAUUAGGUUGAGGCUUAUGAGAGAAGCGGUGCAAAAGCUACCACCACCUCACUAUAGAACCCUUCGCUACUUGACCCGCCACUUGUGUAGAGUUUCUCAACAUGGGGCGCGAACUGGAAUGACUGCUAGAAACAUUGCUAUUGUUUGGGCGCCAAAUUUAUUGAGAUGCGCAAGAUUAGAAGGCGGUGGUGUUGCUGCUCUUCAAGGUGUUGGCGUUCAGGCUGUGGUUACUGAAUUCUUGAUUAUGAAUUCUGAAUUGUUAUUUUCUGACACACCUUGCGCUUUGACGAAUAAUUCUUCAGCUUCAUCUCUGCCACCAUUACCUAGCAGGCCAAAAAGUUUGGCUAUUAGCACUCCUACAAAACUACUAAGUUUGGAAGAAGCGCGAUCGCGGCACCUAAUUGGUGGAGGAGUAGGAGGUAGUGGAAUUGGGAAUGUUGGCGUUCCUGCAACUGCAGGUUCUACGUCAUCUUCUAUUCCGAUCCAUCAUCAAAGCGCUGCUCAUAGACACCAUGGCGGAUAUAUUGAAGUUGGAGGAGGACCUUCAUCUUUACCAGAUAAAUACCACACGAUACUUCCUUUGCCUAGAGGAUGGCAUAAGCGCGCCUCGAAACGAUCUCCAACUGGUUGGCGUGCACUCUUUACUAGAGGAAAUACUGGCUCCUCAAAAGUAGAUGGACAAGGUGGCGACGCGGUUAAACGUGAUAACGAAGUGGAUAGUGGUCUCAUAGGCACUGAUACUGCCACGGAAAUGCUGGCGAUGCACUUGGCCGGCUCUGCAGAAAGUCUUGCCGCCGACCAACAAAACGGCAGUUUGCGCGGUAAACAAAUGCAGUAUUCUUCUCAGGCCACACCUACUGCCAUCAGCGCGUUGUGCGGUGCUACCAGUCCUGCUCUUUCAUCUCACCUUCGCUGUGGAGCAGGUUCCUCUUCGGGUCACAGCCGCUCGGUGUCGCAUGACUCAUAUUUUGAUAUACUCACGGCUGAGGGCGUAGGCAGGAUGGCGGUUGGAGAGCUUAGUGAAUUGAGACUUAAUUUCGACCUGGAAGAACCUGAGAUGAGAAUCUUCUCAGAAGAUGAAAGUUUGGUGUCAUCUCCUAAAGUUGGAUCAAAAGAGCAAUCUGGAAGACGGAUACAAAAUAGAUCUCGGCUUGAGGAUAAUAACAGUGCACUGAACAGCCCAAAAAUUCCAAGCCCUAAAAAACAACCGCGUACCGUUGGUUCUCCAAAUGGUAGUCUCAGAAAAAGAUACAAGUUGGAGGAUCAGCUUUCAGAUAUUCAGUUCAUUGAUUGUGCCACACCUGAACAUAUUUCCACAUCUGCUAAUAAUCAGAAUCAAAAUGUUAUUACAACAGUUUAUGCAACUGUACAAGUUCACAGGAAUCCUUCAGACGAAAUCUGCAAUGAUAACACAGUUAAUUUAGAUAAGAACAAAAUGGACACAGAACUGAAAAAUGAAAGAGUCAGUCUUUGUGAUUUUAGUCGACCAAUUAGCAAUAAUACCAAGAUAGGAAAUAAUAGAGCAGAUAGAUACAGCUGUUUUGAACCAAAGACAACAGCACACUUUCCAGAUUUGCAUGAAAAUAAAGUCAUGCUGAAGUGCAAAUCAAUUGCUGGAGUAUACAAUGAAAACCCUCAAAUGUCUUCUUCAAAUCUGAGUGACAAAAAUACAUUGAGUACGAACAGUAUUAAUUCACAAAAUUCAAGUGCCUCAAAAUUAAGUCCAAAUUACCAUCCUCUGAUUGCGGAAUCAGACAGCGAAAAUAGUGAAGAGUUUAAGACCACUGUUAAUUUAAUGGGUGAUAUAACAAAAGCUAAUUCAAGUUCUAGAUUAAUAUCACCUAAUUUUACAACAAAUAGUGAUCGAAAUAAUAUGACAUUGGAUUUAAAAGUUUCUCCAAUAAGUCCAGUGACGCCACAAAUUAGUGAAAAUUUUAAAUCAUUAAACUUUGAUGAGAGCACCAACACAACCCCAGUACAAAUAAUGGAUAGAUCUAUAUAUUCAGAAACUACUAGUCAAUCUAAUUCUCCUGGAGAUAUAGCAUAUGAAAAUUUAAAUAGAAUAAGUACCAUAUCCAGCGAUUCAAGUACCAAUGAUACUAAAAUCAUUCAGAACAUACAAAUCAAGGAUACAACAAGCGUUUAUGAGAAUGUAAUUUUAAAAAAAACUGGGGUGAUUUAUGAAAAUGUUAAACCUACUUUUAUAAAUGUAUCUCCAACAACUAGUGGAUGCAAAAGCCCAAUAAAAUCAACCAUAAGUAUUACAUAUAACCUUAAAUCACCAAUUAAAUUAAAAUCUAAUUUAGGAGAGAAAGUAAGUUCUCCAGAAAUAGAAAGACAGGAAAUUUAUGAAUCUUUUAAAAGAUACAAGAAUCGUGAUAGUUGCCAGAAUGGUUCAGGUUAUGAAAAUGUUUCAAUGGAGCAAGGACUUAUUUGUUAUGAUGCAGGCGUACCCACUGCGAAAGCUGAUUUGCCUAGUCAGCAAGCCAGGCAACCUGAUAAGAAAGUAGAAGAUAAAACUGGAAACAAGCUCUUAAGCAGUAAAGCAGAAAUGAGAUCUUCCGAGAGUAGUUCUAGUGGCAAGCAACUUCUGGAAACAAAUUUAGAUGAUGUCAUGAAUGAUCAGAUUAUUUAUCAGACCGUCAAAAUAUACAAAAACGCAGUUUCUGAAGUGAAUAAUAUUUUAGGAAAAGAAAAUAUACUUAAAAGCACAGAAGAUAUAAACCAAAGUUCAGAUCAAGAUGUUUCUUCAAUAACAUAUUCUUCAGAAAACAAUGGUGCAUCAGAUCCAAAAUACAAACUGAAUAUUAUUUGUGCUGGAACUUCUUGCAUAGAAGAUGAAAACCCUCACAAUUCAGAUGUUUCUUUAAAAAGCAUAGAUUCCAUUGAGAGUUCUUUAAAUCCUGGUAAUAGUACAACUUGUGCGAAUAUAUCAAAUAUUGUAACGAGUGUGAAUGAUGAAUGCAGUACAGAUUUGUGCAAUGUGAAAAUGGAUACUAGUGAUGCCGAUUUUGAUGAAACUGAUAGCCUAGAAUGUGAUAUAGUAUUAUCAAAACAAUCUGAAGUAGAUAAUGUGGAUUCUGAUAUACUUUCAAAAAGCAAAGCAAGUGAUAUUAUUGAACCUAUGGAUAUAGAAGCACCUGUUCUUGGGGAAUGUUUAGAUAGACUUACAGAAACCAAACACAAAACUGCACCAUCUAAAGUUGAAAAUAGGGAAAUGAAACUAAAUUGUGAUUUAAGACCAUCAAAUUUUAUUGUGAAACAACUUGCUACAAAGUUUGAAUUAAGUCCUGUAGAGAGCCCAGUAUUCUCAUUUAAUCCUGGCAGUGUCAAAAAUAACAGUUUGAAUAAAAAUUCAAAUAUAAAUGAUAAUAGGAAUGUUGUAAAACCAGUUCCACGUACAAGGAAUAGCAUUUUAAAUAAAGAGAAAGCAGGGUCUUUAGAUGAAUCAGCAUUUUCGAGGGAAUUUAGUUAUUCGAGCAAUAUCCAAAUACCUAUAGACAAUUCAGAAUCAGUAGCAGCAAAUCCUACACGCAGAAAAUCGUUUGAUUCAUCACGAGCUAAACUUUUGAAUCAACCUAAGACAUUACCGAAUUUACAAAAUGCAAAUUGCAGUGCAAAGGAUAAAUUUAAUUUAAAUGUAAGUUUGAAUGAGAAUUUAAAUGAAGAUAAUACUAGUGGAAACUCUCCUGAAAAAUUAACACCUUGUACUGAGAAUAAAAUUUUACUCAUUCAGCACAAUACGCAUCAAAAAUCUUUAGAACAAUUAUCGACAGUAUCCACAGAUUUGAGUUCGAAUUUAGAUUCUUUAGAUCCUAAUGUUAGCAGUUUGGAAGAUAUUAGAUAUAAACUUACCAGGGAACGUAUCGAGAAAUAUAAACAAGAACGCCGGACAUUUUUGCGUGAUAAAUAUCGUUCAGAAUCUUUUCGAGGAGAAAAUAAAGAUCAUAGCUUGUCAAAGUAUAAAAACAAAAUAGAUAAAUCAUCUUCUGACAGUAAUGUUACUGACAGUUUAGGAAAUGUAACUAAGUCUGACACAGCACCUGUACACACGAAUCGGAAUUCAGGCAAUGUAACAAAUAGUUAUAGUCGUGAUAAUACGUAUUCACUAGAUCGUGGCAAAAAGAACUUUACAAAAAUAAAAAAUCGCUCCGAAAUUUCUCAUAGAUUAUCGAGCAAAGAUUCGACUUCUGAUAGCCAUGUUGUAUUAAGUGAUAACUUUGUUCCGAAACACGGCAUGGUUACGUCUAUUCCUGGGCCUGAUGUCAUUCUGAGGAUGACUAAUGAUAGCACUCAUCAAGAUACCAGUACUUGGGAUAGGAGAAGUUUGGAUAGUCCAGGUCGACAGAAACAUUCUCUUAAUUCUGAUAGGAGGAGUUUGAGUGAACGGGAAAGGCUCAAAACAAAUGAAACUCGAGACAAUCGAACAAUACAAAGAGACAAAUGUUCACCUUCCGUUUGCAUUCGGGAUGUGGCGGCAAUAUUUGAAUCUCGAUCGAAUGACACGUAAAAUUCACAUCUGAUCUCUCUAUCAUAAGCACAUACGACUAAAUUAUUGUCGUAUGUCAUAUUUAUUUGCAUUUGUAAACAUUACACGCAUGUGCGUGACAUCACACUAUAAAAAGUAUUAUUUAAGUUCACUGAAAAUGUAUUUGUGUGAAAAUUGACAGCGAGUGGAGCACCUGAUUUGUAGUAUGUAUAUAUUAAUUAUUGUAUUUAUAUCUGCAGUGGAAUGCUUGAGUUAAUUUGAAGUAGUUUAUAGAAUCGUUCAUUACAUAAAAAAUAUUAUUUGUUUUCUAUUUAUACAAUUAUCUUUCAUCAAAUUUCAUAGUAC